AUGAAAUCAAUUAUCCCAGACAAAGGAAAAUAAAAAAUAAAACCUAAUUCAAAUAUUAAUAUCGAUAGCUGUUUUGUUAAAACACAAUCAUAUACAUUUAAAGAAUUUUUUGAUUCCAAAAAAUCAGAAUAUGGAAUUCCAACAUUCAUUACAAUGAAUUCAGAAUUUGUUUAUGUUGGAAUGGAAUAAGCUUUUGUUCUUAUUUUUCGAUAAGUAAAAUAAUCAGACAAUUUUAGGAUGAUAAUUUUUAAUAAGCACAUAAAGUGCUUGGAAAUGAAUCAUAAAAAUAUAGAGGUAGUGUAAAAAUGAUUCAUAUAUCUAAAGAUGGACUUCUAUUAUUAAUAGUUUAUUCAAACAAUUAAUUUGUAAUAUAUAAUCUAAAAGUAAUAUGGAGAUUUUAUUUAGUCUUUUAUAGUUAUCCUUGAUUGCAGAUUAAAUCUUAUAAAGCAUAUUGUAAUUGUGCCAUUGACUAAUUAUUCUCAAUAUUAUGAGUUAAUCAUUCAAUUAGAAAAUAAUAAUAUUUUUAAAAUGCCUUUAGAAUUAAAUAAUCAAGGACAAUUUGAAUAUAUUUUUGGAAUACCUAUUUAUAAAUAUGGUUUGUUAUGUGAUAAAUAAUAGUUCGAAGAAAUAAAUACUACAGUAAUAAAUAUAUUUUAUAAAUAAGUAAGUAAUUGAGGAAGAUUACAUUGCUCCAAUGUCUUAAAUCAUUUACGAUUUUUCUAUAAUGGAUCCAAGUUAUUAUCAACAUAUCUAAUGCAUGGAUUCAAAAGACAAAUAGGAUGCAAAAGAAUAUUAAUUCUAAAAAAAAAGAGAUUACUAAUCUGAAUAUUGGAUGGCCAUAGGAUUUACAAAUAGAAUCCAAGUUGUAUAACUACAUUUUGGAUUCAAACUUAAUUAAGAAUAAGCAAAUAUUUAAUUAUUAUUAAACUUUUUAAGACCAGAUGCUUUUAUCUAUAAUCUAGUAUUUAAUUAACCACAUCCCAAUACAUUAGAAUCAUAACAACUGUCUGUUUAAAGUUCAUGUAAUUGGGGAUUAGGAAAUUUUAAAGAAACAAAUAAAAGAUAUGUUUUAUUGAUCACUAAUUGGGGAUGUAGAGAAUAUUAUGCAUUUAAAGUUAUGUCUAGUAAUUCAAUUGUUUAAGUCAUCUAAGGUGGACAUUUUUAUAAUGCAAUUGAUUUUACAACUCUUCAAACUUUUCCUCUAACCUGUAAAUUUAUUACAAAUUCUAUAUUUCUAACUUUUGUUGUAAAUAAUAUUGAUGGUGUAAACUCUACAAAACUAAAAUUAAUGACAACUUCACAAUUUGAAUAUGGUGUACCUUUCACUUUAACUCAAAUAGAAAAGCAUUAUAAUUAAGAAAUAUAGAUAUAAAAUUUAUCAAAUGGAUAAUAUCAACCAAAAUUUUAUACAUUUGAAAAUCAAAAUAAAUAGUAAAUAAUUAUAAGUUAAGGAGUAUUGGAUUCAAUUUAAGAUGGAUAUUAAAUAUCAAAUGAUAUUAUUAUGAAUUUUUGUUAAUUCCAUUCUAAUUGUAAGUAAUAAUUAAAUAUAUUUUUUUAGUGUAAAUCAUUUUUGAGAAUGGACUAUGUAAUAUACUAAAUGGUACAGAUUUGUUUACAAUCCGAUUAAAGAAAUGGGAUGAAUACCUAAUUGAAUUGAGUAAAAAUGAAGAAUGGGAUAAGUGUUUUGAGACAGCAAUAAAUAUUCAUAAAGGCUAUUUAACUCUUUUAUGUGAUAUUCCUGAAAAUGAUGCUCAAAGGCAUUAAUGUAUUUAGGAUAUUUGUGGCAAUUUGGGAUUGCAAUAUAUAAUGACGUAAUUAUUUAAAAACUAAUAAAUAAAUAAUACAUGUAUAUAAAAGGUUAUUUAAUUUUUUAUCAACACUCAAAAUGAAGAACAGUUAUUUGAUUAAAUUGAAAACUUUAUGGUGACUAAUGGUUAUGGAAAUAUCUUCUAUGAUAGUUUAAAAGAUUUAAUUAAAUAACUUCAUGUUAACAUUCCUUAUCAAAAGUAAAUCAAAGUUUUGAGUAGAUUUUCUGAUAUGAAUGAAAAAGAAAUAUGUUAAAAAAUUAUUUUUUCAAUCCAAAAUAUCUAAUAAUUUGAUGCAAAGGGAUUAAUUGAAUUUUGCCUAGAAAAAGAUUUGAUCGAGGCUUUAAUAUAUGUUUGUUCAUAAUUUAAUGAUUUUUUAACACCUUAUUUGAGAAUUAUAACUUUAAUAACAGUAUUAUCAGGUGAAAAUAAUUAGAAUUCAUCUUAAACUACUCAUAUAACUUCAUUAACACUUGAAGAAUUAAGAAUAAAUUUAUUUAGGUAAUUUUAAUGAAUUAAUUAGUUUUCUAUAGUUUUGUUUUACUGGUUAAAAUUAAUAAAAAAGCGAGCUUUUUUUUACAGAUAAGUAAUUUAAAUCCAUGUUUAAAGAUUUAUUUGAAUAUUUAUUUGAUAUAGAAAAUAUAGAAAAAUUGUUAAAAAUAGAUUAUGAGAAAGCUUUGGAGGUUUUAUUAUUGGUGUUUUCAGAGAGAAUACAGGAUAAUUUAAGAUAAUAUAUAAAUGAAGGAAAGAAUAUAAAUAUUAAGUUAACUAAAAAUAUUUUGGAGGGAUUUUUACCUGAGAUUUUGAGUAUAAAGUGAAUUUUAUAAUUUGUUAGAUUUGGAAUUGACAGAGAUUCAUUUAUAAAUAUUAUCAAAGGUUUAUAUUUUGAUAAAGAUAGCAGAGAUAACAUAUUUUGGUAGAUUGAACAAUAAAAAAGAGAUAGAGAAGCGUUUCAAAUAUUCAUAUGCAUUUUCUUGUUAGGUUUUUGCAAUUUGUUCUUUUCGAUUUAAUACCAAUCAUAUAUUAAUAAAUCUAUUAAAUUAUUUGGAUAUUUUGAGAGUAGAAGAGUCAACUUUAUUUGAUAUAACAUGGGUGUUGAGAGGAAGAGUUUAAAAGGAUUUGCCAAUGGAAUUGAUAAAGAAUGAGUUUUUGGAUAGGGUGAUGAGGAAAUUAGACAAAUCAUUGGAUGGUUAAUAUAUGAUAUUGGAAGAGUUGAGGGAAAAGGCAUAAAAAAGAAAAUGGUAUAAAAAUAUAUUAAAAAGAGUAGGAUUUGGAUGGAAGGAUGUUGUUUGAUAAAAAUGAAGAGGAUACCUGAAGCUUUAUAUUUAUACUUAAGUCAUACAGAUUGGAUGUUAUCUGAGAAAGUUUUUGGAGUAUUAGCAGAUUAAUUAAGACUGGAGAAACAGGAAGAAUUUAUAGAAGAUUGGAUAUUUAAGAAUUUAAGUAUAUUAGCAUCUGAGAACUAUUAAAAAUUGUUUAGUUUAUUGUAUACAUAUAAAAGAGAUGAUCUGAGAAAGGUUUUGAUGGAAUUAAAAUAGGUAGGAAUAGUUAAGAUAGAUUAAAAAUUAAAGAGUGAGUAAGAGAUGAAUUUAUUGGUUGAGUUUUUAGAGUACUUAAGACCUCGUAUGUAAAUUGAUGUAUAGAAGUAUUUAUGA